GCAGGGUGAGUGUGGGUGCUGGGUCUCGGCUUCGAUAAUCUGCUUCCAUCCUCGCUGGGGAUUGUGCUGACCGGGACCGCGAGAUUUCUUCUAAGCCGGUCCAGGACUCCGCUUUUCUCGGGGACGCGAACCCGCGCUGUUUAAUGGCUCCCGCAAAGAAGGGUGGCGAGAAGAAGAAGGGCCGUUCUGCCAUCAACGAGGUAGUGACCAGAGAAUACACCAUCAACAUUCACAAGCGCAUCCAUGGAGUGGGUUUCAAGAAGCGUGCUCCUCGGGCACUCAAAGAGAUCCGGAAAUUUGCUAUGAAGGAGAUGGGAACCCCAGAUGUGCGCAUCGACACCAGGCUCAACAAAGCUGUCUGGGCCAAAGGAAUAAGGAAUGUUCCAUACCGUAUCCGUGUGCGGCUGUCCAGAAAACGUAACGAGGAUGAGGAUUCACCAAACAAGCUCUAUACAUUGGUUACCUAUGUACCUGUCACCACUUUUAAAAAUCUACAGACUGUUAAUGUGGAUGAGAACUAAUUGCUGAUUGUCAAAUAAAGGUAUAAAACUGC